ACCAGGGCUCCCUGACCUGUACAGGCCUCUGCUAUGGGGGUGAUGGCCAGUCCUGGUGUCUGAGUGAUUCCCUGGGCCCAGCACAGGGACCACCUUUCCAGAGCCCUGAAGACAAGGGGUAACACCCCAAAAUAUGGACUCAUUUUCCACUCUACCUUCAUUGGCCGAGCAGCUGCCAAGAACAAAGGCCGCAUCUCCCGAUACCUGGCAAACAAAUGCAGUAUUGCCUCACGAAUUGAUUGCUUCUCUGAGGUACCUACCAGUGUAUUUGGGGAGAAGCUUCGAGAACAAGUUGAGGAGCGGCUGUCCUUCUAUGAGACUGGAGAGAUUCCACGAAAGAAUCUGGAUGUUAUGAAGGAGGCAAUGGUUCAGGCAGAGGAAGCGGCUGCUGAGAUUACUAGGAAGCUGGAGAAACAGGAGAAGAAACGCUUGAAGAAGGAAAAGAAAAGGCUGGCUGCGAUUGCCCUGGCGUCUUCAGAAAAUAGCAGUAGUACCCCAGAGGAAUGUGAGGAGACAAGUGAAAGACCCAAAAAGAAGAAAAAGCAAAAGCCCCAGGUGGCUCCUCAGGAGAAUGGAAUGGAAGACCCAUCUGUCUCCUCCAAACCCAAAAAAAAGAAAUCUUUUUCCAAGAAGGAGCUGGUUAGUAGUGAUCUUGAAGAGACAGCUGGCAGUGGAAGUCUUCCCAAGAGGAAGAAAUCUUUCCCCAAAGAGGAACCAGAUAGUGACCCUGAAGAGUCAGGAAACAAGAGGGUCCCCAAGAAAAAGAGGAAAUUCUCUUCCAAGGAGGAGCCUCUCAGCAGUGGACCUGAAGAGGCUGCUGCCAGCAAGAGCAGCAGCUCCAAGAAAAAGAAAAAGCUCCGAAAGCUAUCCCAGGAAAAUUAGAAUGGACAUUUCCCUAGUAGGGAAUAACUUACAGAGAUAU